AUGGCUCUCCUGCAGCACAAGGCGCUCGCCGACUACGAGAAGCAAUUGGACGCCUUUCAGUCCUUCCUGGAGAAAUUUGAAACCUCGAAGACGUCCUCAGACUCAGCUGCCGAAGCUAUCAAUGACCUUCACCUCGAUGGCGAUCAUACCAGCGACGAGUAUGAUUUUAUGGAUGAUGUUGCAGGCGAAGACCACAACAGGGCUCGCAGGCGGCCCAAGAGGAAGUACAUGGAAAUGCUUCAAGAGGUUGCAGACCGAGAGCGACAAAAUAUCCUAAUAGAGCUGGACGAUCUGAAAGAGUUUGAAGAGUCGUUGGGAGAUGAGAUGCACCUAAGACUUGUUGAGUCAGUCACGAACAAUACCAAGCACUACGUUGAUCUAUUUUCGGAGGCGGUGGACAAGAUAAUGCCAAAAGCAAGCAAAGAGAUAUCAUUUAAAGACGAUGUCCUCGAUAUCAUCAUGGCGCAACGAGCAAAACGGAACGAAACCGUGGCGUCAGCGACCGAAGCAGAUGCUGAAGCUGCCAUUCCUGUGUCGACAUUUCCGGCAGAGCUAACCAGAAGGUACACUCUGAAUUUCAAACCUGUCACGCCCACAGGCGCCGAUGUCGGCAAGAAGACGCUCGCGGUGCGACAAGUGCGCGGAGAACACCUAGGCCACCUGAUCACUGUUCGUGGUAUCACUACUAGAGUAUCAGACGUCAAGCCGGGCAUACGAAUUCAAGCUUACACCUGUGAUCGCUGUGGUUCCGAAAUCUUCCAACCAGUUUCUGCCAAACAAUUUACACCGCUGCAAAUGUGCCCGUCGGAGGAAUGCAAGCAGAAUGACUCCAAGGGUCAACUAUUCCCAUCAACACGUGCUUCGAAGUUCCUCCCAUUUCAGGAAGUCAAAAUCCAGGAGAUGGCAGAUCAAGUUCCUGUUGGUCACAUUCCAAGGACGCUGACCGUUCACUGCAAUGGUAGUCUAGCGCGACAGAUGAAUCCUGGUGAUAUUGUUGACAUUGAUGGCAUCUUUCUGCCAACCCCCUACACAGGAUUCAGAGCUAUCCGAGCCGGUCUGUUGACUGAUACGUAUCUGGAGGCACAGCAUAUCACCCAGCACAAAAAAGCUUACCAAGACCUGAAAACAGAUCCCCGCAUCAUACGCAAGAUCGAAUCCUUUAAGGCAUCUGGACACAUGUACGAAUACCUGGCUCGUUCCAUAGCACCAGAAAUCUACGGUCAUCUGGAUGUCAAAAAGGCCCUCCUUCUUCUCCUCAUUGGCGGUGUAACCAAAGAGAUGGGUGACGGAAUGCGCAUCCGUGGAGACAUCAAUGUCUGCUUGAUGGGGGACCCUGGUGUGGCCAAAUCGCAAUUACUUAAAUACAUCACUAAAGUUGCACCUCGAGGCGUAUACACGACCGGCCGCGGAUCCAGUGGUGUCGGGUUGACUGCAGCGGUAAUGCGCGACCCUGUCACCGAUGAAAUGGUUCUUGAAGGCGGCGCACUCGUUCUAGCAGACAAUGGUAUCUGCUGUAUUGAUGAAUUCGACAAGAUGGACGACGGAGACAGAACCGCCAUACACGAAGUCAUGGAACAGCAGACCAUCUCAAUCAGCAAGGCUGGUAUCACUACUACUUUAAACGCACGAACAUCGAUACUUGCAGCAGCCAAUCCCCUCUAUGGCCGGUACAACCCUAGGAUCUCUCCUGUGGACAAUAUUAACCUUCCCGCUGCUCUACUUUCUCGAUUCGACAUUCUCUUCCUGAUUCUUGACACGCCGUCCCGUGAAGCAGAUGAAGAACUCGCUCAGCACGUCUGCCACGUGCACAUGCACAAUCGGCAUCCAGAGCGUGAAGGGGAAGGCGUCGUUUUCUCUCCCCACGAAGUGAGGCAAUAUAUCGCUCAAGCGCGCACAUUCAGACCCAAUGUACCUAAGUCAGUGAGUGACUACAUGGUCGGCGCGUACGUUCGAAUGCGCCAACAGCAAAAGCGUGAUGAGGGGUCAAAGAAGCAGUUUACGCAUACGUCGCCUCGUACUUUACUUGGUGUUUUACGCUUGUCGCAGGCGCUUGCGCGACUGAGAUUCAGCAAUGAAGUGGUAAAUGAGGACGUCGAUGAAGCGCUACGAUUGAUCGAGGUAUCAAAGGCGAGUUUGGACCACGAUCAGCGCUCCCAAGGUGAUCAGACCGUGAGCUCAAAGAUAUACGACCUGAUUCGCGGCAUGAGAGAUUCAGGAGCCGCGAGUGUUGGCCGUGGUGCAAGGGGCGAGCUGAAUCUCGCGAGAGUCAGAGAGUUGGUGACCGCGAAAGGGUUUACGAAUGAUCAAUUCACCCGAACCCUCGAGGAGUAUGAAUUGUUAGAUGUUUGGCAACUUGCCAACAAUAACACCCGGUUGGUCUGGAUCGAAGCCGGAGACAGUGACGACGACAACGAUGAGGACAUGGGCGAUGCUGACGACGACUGA